AUGGCCGUCCGCGCGCGAAAUGCGGCUACCCCGUGGGCGGUUUUCGCGAGCAGCGCCGGCGUCGCUGCGCUGCUGGUUGCGUGUCUCCUGAGCGAAAGCGGGGCGAACUUCGCGAACGCGCAACCCGCGCCCGCGGGGGACCCCGACUGGGUGGCGCAGAUGCUGCAGACCACCGACUCAGUGGGUGCGGAGACAGACGCGCAACCCGCCCCCGCGGAUCUCGGCUGGGUGGAGCAGCUGAUGCCGAAUUCUGAUUGGUCGGCGCAAGACGCAUCCGCGCAAGGCCCCCCCGCGGAAAUCCCCCCCGCGCAAAUCCCCCCCGCGCAAGGCGAACCCCCCGCGGACGAUCCCGACUCGGAUGACCAGGAUGAGGAGGACGAUUCGCGUCCUGAAUUUGCUGGAGAAAUUGACCCCGAAGACUCGGAAGGUCAGGCGGAGCCUGACUGGGGGGCGCAGAUGCAGUCGAUCCUCCAGCAGGUGGCCAAUCGCACCUUCCUCUCCUCCUUCGGCCAGAUCUUCGCCAGCUUCUUCCAAUCGGAGCAACUGUAUAUCGAUCAGGAUGCAACUCUCCUCAUCCCCACCAACGUCGGCUACUGGCGCUACGAAACCCAGUGGGACACACUCACCCGCAAGCAGAAGCGUCGGUUACUCCGUUACCACAUUCUCAAGGGGCGUUACACCACGCAACAGCUUCUUGACGCCGCCCCCCUUACCCUCUUCCCGACUUUUAACCAGAACCUGCCGGUGAACAAAACUCUUAAGCCGAACGAAGUGUAUUUCCAGUCGGUUCCGCCGACGAGGUUCGUGUCGCCACUGAGCGUGCCGAAUGCGGGACUGACGGAUAACAUUGCUGCGCAUGGCAUGACGAUGGUGCUCAUUCCGCCCAACCUCAACUAG